AAACCUGACCAUAUCCGCCGUCCGGCCAACCAAUUCAUGAUCUAUCUCUCCGAACGACGCAAAGAAUUUAAAGACAAGUACCCCAACUGCAAGUCGAAUGAUCUUAACAAGCACGUCUCGGUACAAUGGAACAAGUUGUCGUCUCAGGAAAAGGAGCCGUACAAAAAGAAGUCCCUCGAAGUGGCCGAAAGACAUAAGGCGCAGCACCCCGGCUAUGAGUACAAACCU